CCUGAGCAGUGACGGACCCACUCCGAUCGAGUGGUUGGGUCUGACCCGUUCCCGGGCGCGGGAAAAUGAGUUUCCACCCAGCCCGGCAGUCUCAGCACCCUCCUCGACCCUGAGGCGCCUGGUCAGCCUGUGGGUCCUCCGGGUUCCACUCAAAUCGAAUCACACUAGGGGAGGUGGAGGAGCUCGGGUCGCCUCCAUGUCCGAGGCUUAUUUCCGGGUGGAGUCGGGCGCGCUGGGACCUGAGGAGAACUUUCUCUCCUUGGACGACAUCUUGAUGUCCCACGAGAAGCUGCCAGUGCGCACGGAGACUCCCAUGCCGCGCCUGAGCACCUUCUUCCCGGAAUGGGGCGCCGGAGCCGGGCCGGACCACGCGCUGCCGCAGGGCUCAAAGCUUGAAUUCCCCUUAUGGCUGGCAAAAGGACUUUUUGACAACAAGCGGCGCAUCCUUUCUGUGGAACUUCCCAAGAUCUACCAAGAGGGUUGGAGGACCGUAUUCAGUGCAGAUGCCAAUGUGGUAAACCUCCACAAAAUGGGACCCCAUUUCUAUGGGUUUGGCUCCCAGUUGCUCCAUUUUGACAGUCCGGAGAAUGCGGAUAUAUCCCAGUCUCUACUGCAGACAUUUAUUGGACGUUUUCGCCGGAUCAUGGACUCCUCUCAGAACACUUACAAUGAAGACAUUUCAGCCCUGGUAGCUAGGCUAGACGAGAUGGAGAGGGGCUUAUUUCAAACUGGGCAGAAAGGACUGAAUAACUUUCAAUGUUGGGAAAAGGGUCAGGCUUCUCAGAUCACACCUUCCAACCUCGUUCAGAAUUAUAAGAAGAGAAAAUUCACCGACAUGGAGGACUGAAGGCCAGAAAAACAGAAUUGCUGCAGGUCGUCAAUAUGAUUUGGGGCAAGAAGAGAAAAGCCUAUGUGAAGAAAAGAAGGAAGCUUACAAAAUUAUUUUAAGUCUGUGCUAUAGAUGUUGAUACCCCAUGAAUUUGUUCAUGUAGAAGAAUUAUUCCACAACUUUGGUUCCUGGAUGUCUUUGAGAAUCUGAUAAAGCUAACUUCCCUUGGUAUGUAUAAACACAACAUUUGUUUAUAAUUUUCAGGAGUCUAUUUCCCCCUCCCCAAGAUGUUCAGGAAAAAAUCCCUUCUUCUAUAUGAUUGGAGCAAGUUAUAUAUAACCCAUAGAGCAGCUAAGAGCCCAGGCUCUCGAUUCAGAGACUUCAAAUCCUGGACCAAGUACAUUCUCUCCAGUCCCUCUGCCUGUGUCCUCACUUGUAAAAUCCAAACAGUAAUAAGCAGGUUUGGGUUGUUGGGAAAUGUUAAUGAGUUCAUGUGCAUAAAAUGUUUAAAAAAGGGUCUGGCACACCGUAAGUGGUAAUUAAAUUUCAGCUC